GUCACCCGGAAGAGGGGGACGGACGGGGGAACCAAGAUGGCGUUUCUACGCUGUAGGCGAGACCCGUGUGGAUUUAUAUGUCUCAUACUAACUUAUUUCAGCGUUUUUUACGCCGAUUAUGUGGUGAUUCAGUAUGUCCUCAUCCCUGCCUACUCGGGAAGUGUGUGGUGUACACUACAUGGGUCAGUGUUUAACUUGAUUCUACUACUGCUGCUGGCCUGUCACUCCAAAGCUGUCUUCUCAGACCCAGGUAUGGUUCCCCUACCAGAGACGGCUAUCGACUUCUCUGACCUGAGGUCCCAGAAUUCACACAUGAAUGAGAGGGGUUGUGAGGGCUGGACUGUUUGUAGUCGUUGUGAGACCUACCGCCCCCCCAGAGCUCACCACUGUAGAGUAUGUCAGCGAUGCAUACGACGCAUGGACCACCACUGUCCCUGGAUCAAUAACUGUGUUGGAGAGUUGAACCAGAAGUACUUUAUCCAGUUUCUCUUCUAUACAGGUAUGGCCAGUCUCUACUCCAUGGCUCUGGUGGUGUCAGCCUGGGUGUGGAGAAUACGGAGCGAGAGAGAUGGGGAAGGAGAGAAGGAAGGAGAGGAGUCUCCCAGCAAACACCUGAUUGUAGCUCACUACAUCAUUCUCCUGGUUGAGUCGGUGUUGUUUGGAGUGUUCGUCAUGGUCAUCUUCUACGACCAGUUGGUGUCAAUUAUAACAGAUGAAACUCCUAUAGAACAUUUGAGGAACAGACUGAUGAAAGACAGAACAUCGAUCACCAGCAGCACCUCUGAGCCACCGACACACAUCCCACACACACGCAAGCCCAAACUAGCCCUGCUCAGAGAGGUCUUCGGGAGAGGGUCGGUGUUCUGUUGGCUGUUCCCUCUACAUUCCAGUCCCCCUACCGUUGGUGGAAUCAGCUACUCGGCUGUUCCGGAUUAUGAUGUGUAACCUGUUCCCGCAACCUUCAAACAACAUUCUGUGACAACAGCGUUUUAACAUUCCUUCAACGUUGUGGUUACGUUUCGGCCAUCAUUUGAUUAGGGCUGUCAAAUGAUUAAUUGAAUUUGUGGCGUUAGUACAUACUCUCUCACACACACAUACACUCUCUCACACACACAUACACACUCUCUCACACACACAUACACUCUCUCACACACACAUACACACUCUCUCACAC